ACAUUGAAUGUGUUUUUUCCUGUUUCUAAUGCAGGAGGAGGUGAUGAGGAGGUGAUGAGGAUGAGACACUGCAGACACUGGAUGGGUCACAUUGAUCUGUGUGGAUGUUGAAACGACUGCUGGAACGCGCACACGUCCGUGCUCCUAUUGGCUGCGCGCAGCGUCGCUCAGAGGAAUGACGACUUUGCUGCUAUAAACCAGCUGAUGCUGAGGAUGUGAACACGGAGGAGCCUCUGAAGGACUGUUGACGGUACAUGGAGAGCCUGUCAUCCGGCGGUAAGCCUGCGGAUUCGGUCUGGUCUCCAUCCACAGAUUGAGUGAGUAGAGGACAUUUAGGAUCGUGUCACGACGCGCAGACAGGCAGGCAGGCAGGCAGGCAUCAGGCCUGGGGCUUUUUCACCCCCUCUCUGUCUCUGUCGCUCCACAUGAUGUUUCUUCGUCUUCCCACAUCAUCAUUUUCACGGGCAUGAUGCUGAGUGCUUCACAGAUUCACCUCACACAUCACAUCUGCAGGUACGACCGUGUGGAGGUUUGGAUAUAAGCGUGAGACGGACAACCUCGAGACAUGGAAUAAAGGGAGCUCGGAGACAACUGAAACCGCUCGAGUCAGAUCCAUAAAUAAAAGAAAACUGACAUUUUGAAGGCUGGAACAGAGUUGUAGAGGGAGGAAGAGAGAAGAGGAAGAGGUUGUGAAGAUGGGGUGCAGUCAGACGACGUUUCUCCUGGACUCUACAGUUCACUCCGUCAGCCGCCGGUCAAAGCAGGAGUCUCCUCGCUAAAACCCCCGAGCAGAUCAUUUCACCUGCUGGAGGAGCCCCCGCCCUCGGUGAUGUGAUGAAUAAGUUUGAAGUCCUUGGCAUUGUGGGAGAAGGGGCGUAUGGAGUGGUGCUCAAGUGCAGGCAUAAGGAAACCAAUGAGCUGGUGGCCAUUAAGAAGUUCAAAGACAGCGAGGAAAAUGAGGAGGUCAAGGAGACGACGCUUCGGGAGCUGAAGAUGCUUCGGACGUUGAAGCAGGACAACAUCGUGGAGCUGAAGGAGGCUUUUCGCAGGAGGGGGAAACUCUACCUCGUCUUUGAAUACGUCGAGAGGAACAUGCUGGAGCUACUAGAGGAGCUGCCAAACGGUGCACCGCCUGAUAAAGUCCGCAGCUACAUCUACCAGCUCAUCAAAGCCAUCAACUGGUGUCACACCAAUGAUAUAGUACACAGAGAUAUCAAGCCGGAGAACCUCCUCAUCAGCUCCGAGGAUGUUCUCAAACUCUGUGACUUUGGUUUCGCUCGUAACCUGUCUGAAGGAACAGAUGCCAAUUACACUGAGUAUGUGGCUACAAGGUGGUACCGCUCGCCUGAGCUGCUGCUGGGGGCUCCCUAUGGAAAGGCGGUGGACAUGUGGUCGGUGGGGUGUAUCCUCGGGGAGCUGAGUGACGGACAGCCCUUGUUUCCAGGGGAGAGUGAGAUAGAUCAGCUCUUCACCAUUCAGAAGGUUUUGGGGCCACUUCCUGCAGAGCAGAUGAAACUCUUCUACAACAACCCUCGCUUUCAUGGAAUCAGGUUUCCCUCAGUUACUCAUCCUCAGACUUUGGAGAGACGGUACCAAGGCAUCUUGAGUGUUUUGAUGUUGGAUCUGAUGAAGAGCCUGUUGCUGCUGAACCCGACUGAGCGUUUUCUGACCGAGCAGAGUUUGAACCAUCCGGCCUUUCAGCCUCUGAGGCAGGCCGAGAGAGAGAGGCCUCCUCCCACGUCUCCCAACCCACCGCGCUCCUCCAAGAGGAAAACACACCAUCAUGGAGAGAACACAGUUCCCACGAGGAGUCACACUAAGAGCACGAGCCGUCGCUCCAACACUAAAGAAUGUUCCAGCCUCCCUCGCCAUGGCGACCUCCAUCACCUCGGCAACAAGAGUUUCCUCAACGGUAACAAACCGGCCCCGUCCAGUUUAAGCCCUACGCUUCACCCUAAGGCCCAGUACAUGUCCCAGACCCUCAAUCGCUCUGCCUCAUCCAACAAAGAUCUGGCUAACAACAACCUGCCGCCCCUCCUCAGUCCCAAAGAAGCCAAAGGCAAGACGGAGUUUGAUUUCAGCAUGGGGCCCUCUCCAAAGCUGCCGGACCAGGGACAUGGGGCGAAGUAUGGCCACAGCAAACCCAGCUCCUCUCGCUCUCAGCAGCAGCAGCAGCAGCAGCAGCAGCAGCAGCAGCAGCAGCAGCAGCAGCAGCACCAGCAGCAGCAGCAGCAGCAGGCCGGCCGCCACACCUUCCUGGAAGGCAAGACCAACACGCUGCAGUCUGGAGCAGAGAAGCAACAUGGCCGACACACCCACAGUAUGGCCGACUCUGCCCACGGAUCCAUGUCGUCCUCUUCUAAGAGUUCAGCCUCUUAUCUCAGCCUGUCCAAGAGCCACAGCGCGCUGAGUGACGCCAAAUCUGUAGGGAACCUCAGCGACGGUCGACUCCACCUAGACGACCCGAACGCCAACACGACAGCAGGGGUGGGACCCGGCGCCCGCUUCUUCCCCGCCAGCUGUUUAGACCUCAACGCCCCUUCAGUUCCCCAGGGGCCGCCCGGCAGCCCCUCUGCUCGCCACAGCGAUCGAUCCGGGCACAGCCCCGCCUCUCGUAGCAGCGGCAAUGUCCGCAUGGAGAGCAGCACACUGGACUCCUCGUCCAGACACAAAUCCAGACAUAAACCUCUGGCGCCGGAGGAGGCCGGUGCGCCGGAGCUCUUGGAUCCAGGAGGAGCAGGGAUGCCCUCCACUCACACUCUGCCUUCCCCUCAUGAAUCUUAUCACUACGGCCUGGGCUACACCUCCCCCUUCUCCUCUCAGCAACGGCCUCAACGCCACUCCAUGUACGUGAGGAGGGAGCGCCACCGACCACACGGGGUGGAGAGUACGAUGGCGGGCUUGCCUCCACCGGGGCAGGCGAUACCGACGCGGGCCAGUAGCCUGCAGCUCCUCUCCCCCCAGCUGCAGCACCGGACCAACCUGACCGGACACUCAGUGAGCUCUUCGAGAGAGGACUGCAACGAGGACAUGACGAGGAGUGAGCAGCCCCCUAAAGACAUGAGCCACCCUUGUGCCCCCAUCAAAGACUCUACGAGGGACAACACUGCUGCUUUUCAUACACAGCGCUCUAAAAACGAGGUCGGCAUGUAUCACGACCCUCAUGGCGAGGACGGAGGUUCCUCCAAGGAGAACCGGAUGAUCUUCACUGAGUCGAUGCCUCGGAGAGUCGGCAGCUUCUACCGAGUCCCCUCCCCCAGACCAGACAACUCCUCCUCUUUCCAUGACGGCGUCGGGCAGGGUCGAGGGCCGGUCGUACCCGUCGUACCCGGAGACCCUGUCGCCAUGGCCAACCACUCCAAGCGCCAGACGGCUUUCGACUGGACCGCUGCAGAAGCGAUGGUCAUGAAUCCUCCGGAGCCCGUCAAAGAGAAGGAGAAACAAGGCUUCUUCAGAGCCAUUAAAAAGAAGAAGAAGAAGACACAAAUAACGGACAUGGAGGACGGGAGGAACCCCAGCAUCAAGAAAAGCCUUUUCCCCCUCUUUAGCUCUAAGAAUAGCUUAAAGCACAACUCAGCUGUCAAAGUCCUUCCUGUAGUCGCCUCGCCUAUGGUACAACACCAGCCUCCCGCGCCCUACCCUGCCUCUCCAGUUCCUGGUAACGGACAAGAACACCUGUCCCUGCAGAGGAGCUCCAAGUCGUCCUCUCACCACGGCAGCCGGCGGAAAAACCGGGAGCGAUCCCGAGACAGAGACCGGGAGCGGGAACAGAGCCGGGACCGAGACCGGGACCGAGAGAGGGAGAGAGAACGGGAGAGAGAAAGAGAGAGAGAAAGGGAGAGAGAGAGGGAAAGAGGGAGGGAGAGAGAGAGAGUCAAUGACUGGCCACAAGAAAAACCAGUGGACUCACACUCUCAGAGUCAACCACUCAAGUCACUCCGCAGGCUCCUUCACCUCUCCCCUUCCUCCUCAAAUCAAGGCCAGCCUCCUCCUCCUCCUCCAGACCUGCGCUUCCAAGCCCCCCUCCCUAACCCCCCUCAGCCCCCCUCCAAAGUGGGCUACUCCGAGGUUCGCGGGCACGCCGAUAGCAGGGGCCACCCUGGGGUGAGCAGCUCCGCCCAGGCCAAGAGCCGCAAGCCCAGCUACCCCCUCCCUGGACAGAUCGAGUCCAGCUGGCAUGUGUCUGCUUUACAGCGGGCGGAGGGCGCUCAGUUCACUCCCGAACAGCUGGGCAUCAAACCGGGGCAGAACGGACCCACCUUCACCAGAGCCUCCCGCACCAGGAUGCCAAACCUCAACGACCUGAAGGAGACAGCGCUGUAAACCCCUCCUCCCCGCCUCCAAACCACGCCACCUCCAAUAUGUCUCCAUCCUGGAAGCAUCUGCCAGACAUCAUGGUACUGUAGUAAAAGUUUACAUGAAAGCCUGUUUCGCUGAAUCGAGUCCUCAUUCAGAAACGUUUGUCGAUGCUCGUGUCUCUGACUAGACGUGGAAAGGCCAAACACCAGUAACAGCUGGUGUUUAGGGAAUCAGAGACAGGAAAUGGCCCAGUCCCUCUCGGGAUGCCAGUACUGUAUCAGUUGUAUGUUAUUCUCUCUCUACUGAACAUCAGAAUAAGCUGAUCUUUCCUGUCAAGGAGACACUGCCCACGUGGCCUCUUUGCUGCCAUCUUCUGCUCGCAGGACACUACAGCAAAGCAACAUGUCACACCGGUGGCCAAUAAACUCAAAUGUUUUUUCAAGCUCUGAUAUUUGAUAAGAAGAAAAAAGAAAAAAAAGAUUUAUAUCAACAUUAUUUAUUAAAUAUUUAUUUGUUUUAAAUUCAAGGAUAUAAGCUAUAAAUGACACAGUAUGUAGGCUAUAUGGGAAUAUUAUAAGGUAAUAUAGAAUUAAAUGUGUAAUUGCAAGAGCUUUAGUUUCGACACAAAGAAAUGCAUAGAUAUUUAUGUGUUGAUAAUACAGUAUGUCAAAAAGAAUAUUUAAUAAUGGUGAAUGUCCUUUUUUGUUCAAUUUGAUAUGUUAUUAACAGAUUUUAUCAUGUUAUAUCAUGUUAUUUUUUACCUUUUUUUCUCUGUUUGUUUCAUCAAAAUGUAAAGAAAUAUUGAUGAAUACUUGUUGCCCAAAGUGGGAAAAAAAAAUCUCGGACAUUACUUAUAAAUCUGCGCAUCACCCUCAUGACAUCAGUUUGAAGGUCUUGUGACAAGUCGGGCUAUUUUGUCAACAGGGUUUGGUAGCAGAACAGCUACAGUGAGACUGUUUCGGCUCUGUGCUUUACAUACAGUCAGUUCACUUUAUGUCCCGCUCUUAUUUUGAAAAUCAGCCCCAUUUUCAGUCUCUCAGUUCAUUUAUCAGUUUUCCAGCUCCGUGCUGCCAUGUUGCUUUUGUCUACAGCCUUAACAGCAAGUAACGGACAUGGACUGUGCUGGUGAAAAGUUAGCCUCUUGAAAUGAGGUUCGACUAACUCAAAUACAACAUCUAAGUGUGCAAGAUUGUCAGAGAGCAUUCUGCAAAAAGGCAUACCUCACCUACAACCUUUAAGAUCUGAAAGGUUAAGUCUGGUGCAAUUUUAUAUUUUCUUCAUGUCGACAAAUCUCAUGAACAAGUUUUGUCUGUGUAUUCAAAACCAGAUAUAGCGCAUCAUAACCUUUAUUUAACUAGGAAGUCACAUUGAGAUUAAAACCUCUUUGACAAGUGAGACCUCGCCAAGACAGGGUCAAAUAGCAGCAUCCAAACACAUAACAAGUGAACAUUGAAUCAAGGCACAAACAAUAUGGUGCAUGUGUUUGUUAUUUAAUUGAAGCAACAGUGACCACUUCCUUUACUCUAAGUUUAAAUCAUUUAAAGAGAUAAGCUUGGUCUGGAGAUCGUUCCAGGAUCAAGGACCAUAGUGGAACAGGCUUGUUUUGCUAGCUCCUGUACUGAUAGAAGGCACUUUAAACUGAAGCCUUUUAUGUGACCUAAGAUUAUAACUGUUUUGCAGAAAUACAAACCUCCGACUUAAAGGGACUAUUUGUAUCUUUCAGAAAUGCUUGUUAACAGCGACACCUGUGGCCGUUAAAUCAACGAAAGUCAGCGUCGGGCUCGCGCUUGCUCGCUCUAAAUAUACCUGA